CAACAAAAUUAACAUUUCAGGUGCCACGGCCGGCGGGAAUUAUUUUUAUUACCAUUGCAAAGCCCAACUGCACCCCUACGCUUUCCCGGCAAAGCACGGACCAUCAACCAUUUGGAGUCGCCUUCUCCAGCUCUGGACAAUUCACUUGCUAAUCCACAGGAAAGCUUCGAAGAAAAUGAAAAAGUCGCAAUUGCCGCUGCUAAACAUAUGUGGACCUGAGAAGGCAGUUAAGAAGGAAGCUUUGGUGAAGCUUUUGAGAUGGCAUUUCGGGCACCCCAACUUCCAGGGCAAGCAGCUAGAAGCUAUUGAGGCUGUUUUGUCAGGAAGGGAUUGUUUUUGCUUGAUGCCAACCGGUGGGGGAAAAUCAAUGUGCUACCAGAUUCCUGCUCUUGCUAAACCUGGGAUUGUACUUGUAGUUAGCCCUUUAAUAGGAUCAUGCCUGCCUUUAUUGGUCUUUCAUUUGUUUCAGCUCUCAUGGAGAAUCAAGUUUCUGCGUUGAAAGACAAAGGAAUUCCAGCUGAGUUCCUCUCGUCAAGCCAGACCUCGCAAGUAAGAAAACAGAUAUACGAGGACCUGGAAUCUGUGAAGCCAUCUCUGAGGUUAUUGUACGUUACACCAGAAUUAAUUGAUACAAUUGGGUUCAAGUCAAGACUGGUGAAGCUUCACUCAAGAGGAUUGCUAAACCUUAUUACUAUUGAUGAGGCCCAUUGCAUCUCAUCAUGGGGCCAUGACUUCAGGCCUAGUUACCGGAAGCUUUCUACCUUAAGGAGCCACCUGCCAAAUAUCCCAGUAUUGGCCUUGACAGCCACGGCUGCUCCAAAAGUUCAGAAUGAUAUCAUUGGAUCAUUGUCUUUGGAGAGUCCUCUAGUCCUCAAAUCUUCUUUCAACCGCCCAAAUAUCUAUUAUGAAGGUCAGAUCUAAUCACCAUUGUUCUUUUCGUCUGAUCUGAAUGUUUCUGAUUUGGAUUUUUUAAGAUCUGAUUUGGUCUGAAUUUUUCUGAUCUAAUCUGAAUCUUUCUGAUCUCAUCUGAUUGAGUGUUUAGUAUUAUUAUCAUAAUAAUAAUUAUUAUUAUAAUUGCACGAACAAAUCGAGAAAUGGUCCAAUUUUUUUGUUUCCAUUAUUUGCAAUGGAGCAAAAGAUUCAUUAUUUUUUGGAUUGAGAAUAUGAUGGAAUAAAGCAAAACGGCUCACCUAACUAUCUGCGCUUCUUUGUUAUGAAGCAGCGGUCAAUCAAUGCAAUUUUGGAUGCGAUUUUCACUAUGGGUCAUCCGGAAACAGUCUCUUUGUGCUUUAGUACAGGGGUAAGACUGCGUAUAUCCGACCCCCCUUACCCCACCGUAGGUGGGAGCCUUUGUGGCACUGGGGUAAAUGAUGAUUGAUAUAUAAAUAUUAUUAUAAUAAUAAAAUUUAUUAUUAUUACUAGCACUAUUAUUAUUUGUUACUAUGUUAUAAUUAUAACUAUAAUCAUAACAAUAAUUACAAUUAUAACUAUAAUUAUAAAAAUAAUCACAAGUAUAACUAUAACUUUAAUAAUAGGUAUAAUAUUAUUUCUAUAAUUGUGAUUGUCAUAUAAUAAUUAUUAUAAUUAUAAUUGUAAUAAUAAUAGGUAUAAUUAUU